AUCGAUAUCACAACAAAAUGGCGACCUGUUUUAGUUGGAACAAUCACUUUGUUUUUUACGCAUUUAUUCUUCUUUUUCCCGCCAUCUGGGGUAGAAACCAUCAAAUACUACUAAAGGAUGAAGUGAGGCAGACAAUCGAGUUGAGUAAGUUCGGAUUUCUUCAGAAUGGGAUCCUCAAAGUGAACUUUUCUGAUAUGGUGGUUCAAGGCGACCGUGAUAAAGUUCUCUUUGGUUUUUCCUUGGAGAAGACAGGGAGCGACGGGAUUUCACCCUACAUGGAACAGCACAGUCAGAACUGCAUUCUUAAGGAUACCGAGCAGUCAUUUACUAAUACCAACCAAAUAUCUCUGGCACUUAUCAAGUUUGAUCUAAAGAGUGGUGAAGAAUGUAUAACAAUUGAUAAAUAUGGUAAAGAUUUCCUGAACCUGAGUAUCAACAAUGAACCUGCUCCCGUACUGGCCACCGUAACAACAGUCUCAUCAUCUGGUGGACAAAGCACCUCCAAAACUCCAAUUUUGUCAUCUACUGUACCAAACAAUGCGACGUCUAGUUCUUCUCCUACUGCAGAAAGCAGCUCCACUUCAACUUCUCCUUCUACUCAACAAACCUCUGCUACUUCAGCUUUAACAAUUCAAGCAGCAACGAGUUCUUCUGCUGCAAAAAGCAGCACCACUUCAUCUUCUCCAUCUACUAGACAAACCACUGCUAUUUCAGUUCUAACAACUCAAGCAGCAUCUACAACUGGAGCUCUGAACCAUUCAUCUGUUGCUCAGCCAGGAGACCAUGAAACAUCAAAUACAACUGAAGGCAACGGAGCACAAAGAAGAAGAAGAAGAAAUGCUGUCACAAAUCCUGUGACUCAUGUGAAAAGUGAGGUCAAAUCAUUGCCUCUGAACCUAGAGGAAACUAAUGUCUCUGAAUUCAAGUACUCUGGCAAUUUUGUAGUGCAGAUUAAAAGCAAGGCUGAAGAGGGAUUAUACAACUUGUACUUCCACAACUGUCGAAAUGGACUGACCGUUCCUGUAGUACCAGUGACAAUUCAGAUUAACAUUGAAGAGAAAAAUGGGGACAACUACUUGUCUGCUGGAGAGGAGCCGCUGCCCUAUAUGUUUGGUGUCCUAUCUGUGCUGUUCUUUGGAACAUCAAUUUACUGGCUUCAUAUCCUGAGGAAAAACAGAGAAUUUACAUACAAAGUUCAUUAUAUGAUGUUCACUCUAGCCCUGUUAAAAUCUCUUGAUUUGAUGUUUCAAGCAGUCAAUUUUCACUUUAUCAAUAGAGAUGGCAAACCAGCAGAAUCAUGGGAAGUGUUAUACUACAUCACACAUCUGUUAAAAGGAGCAUUACUGUUUACAACGAUUGUCUUAAUUGGUACUGGGUACUUCUUUAUCAAGCAUGUCCUGUCUGAUAGAGACAAGAAGAUUUUUUUGAUUGUUAUACCACUACAGAUUCUAGCAAACACAGCCCAGAUUGUGAUGGAGUCAACAGAGGAAGCAAACAUGCAGUACACAACAUGGAAAGAGCUCUUUAUUUUGGUGGACCUGCUCUGCUGUGGAGCAAUCCUAUUUCCUGUUGUGUGGUCAAUAAGACAUUUACAAGAAGGAUCUCAAACUGAUGGAAAAGCUGCGCUCAAUUUAGCCAAACUGAAGCUCUUUAGACAUUUCUAUGUGAUGAUUGUCUGUUACAUCUAUUUCACCAGAAUAAUCGUGUACUUGAUCAAGAUAACAGUGCCAUUUCAAUAUAUGUGGUUGGAUGAUUUCUUCAAUAAUGCAGCCUCCUAUGUCUUCUUUGUUCUCACUGGAUAUAAAUUCCGUCCUGCUCCGGACAACCCUUACCUGCAUGUACCACAAGGAGACAGUGAUGAUGAAAUGGAGAUGGAAGAAGUGGUCACAAAUGCAGGUAUCGCCGAUGGAGUGACCAGACUACAACCUUCGUCAAACGGCAAGAGAAUAUUCGAAACAGCAUAAAUAAUAAUUGUGUGACUGUGUACUACCUUAAUUCAAAUAACUGACAAUUACUUCGCAUAUUGUGUGUAUAGAUUUGUCUUUGCGCGUACCACAAGUUUCGCGUGCGGCUCUUUCCAGAAACAGUAUGCGCGUAGGUGUCUAGUGUAGAUGACCAAAUUAGAUGUUCACAUUAUGGAUAAUAUAUUUGGUACCUGAUAAUGUGAAAUAUGUACAAGGUUCACCCGACCUUAUUUAUCAAUUAAAUAUAUAUAGAACAAGUACAAACCUCUCGUUUACCUCAAGCAAAGUGUUAACAUUUCCUUAAAUUUUUAUGGUUUGAGGUUUAAUUUGUAGAACUCGGCGACCGUCAAAGUGUGGUUGUGGAGAGUAGGGUAACUGUUUCUGUUGUGAGAAGUUGACGGAGGCGUUUUGCGUUGCAAAUUGUUAGAAUAGAGCUUUCCAGGAAGGUUAUAAUGAAAGAUAUUUAUUUCUAUAUGAUCUCUAUAGGGUGGCUUGUGAUGGUUGUCAUCCCUUUUUCAUAUACUACUACCUAUUAGUAUAAAUCUACGAGCGUUCUAUCACGAAUGCCGUUCUCUGAUUUGGCUACGCUGCUCACUAUCUAUUCUGUUGUAGACGGUGAGUAGGUGAGCAGCGUGCGCUGGAGGCCGCUUCUUUGUAUUUUCGAAGUGUCUUUGAAGAGGAUUUAGAUUAAGGUUUUGAACGACUACUAGAUACUAAAACAAUUAGAUUAUUCGCUCUCGAUUUCUAUGCGUGAUAUCUAAUUGUUAAAUAUUGAUUGGUAUUAUAAUAAUCGUAGCAAACGAAUCACUAGUAGACAAGUUUUGAUUAUCUUUUUGAUAUAACAGGUUACCAUGACAACAGUAUAAUCUGUUAAAAACACCUUUAAUUUACUUUGUUAAGUGUUUAUAACUAAACGUCGGGCUUGGUACGCCAGUGUUUUCCUUUGUUUUGUUUUUAGGAUACUAAUUGGUGAUAAGUAAGUCAGGAUGUAACAUCUGUUACUCUGCAAAAUUUAAAUUGGGCUUAAGUUACGCUGCACCACAAGUUACGAGCCACCGUAUAAACUGAGUAGGAAGGAAGUAAAGUAGAUAUCCGACCUUCCAAUGCCGGUUAAGAAGAGAAAUGAACCGCAUGUUGAAGCUACACUAACCCUAGUUGGAAUUCUGACAAUAGUUAAUUGAGGGAAAUGGUUUUGAAACCUGGCAAAAUUCUUUGUUGUAUUGUUUUUGUUGGCUAUUUUAGGGGGUUGACCCUGCACAAAACCUGGCAAAAUACAAAUGGUGGCUAUGUGUGUUCGUACAACUAACCAAUAGAAGCAUUGCAGUUAUGCAAUUGUGUAAUCAUGCAUAGCCAAUGAGCAUAAAACAAACGAUGUGCAGGGGCAAGGACCUUCCAACAUAAAUCUUAGCCUGUUUGUUUGCUUCUUUGAUGUUUACCGGGCUUCUUAACCAUUUCCUCUAUUAACUAUGUUCUAACUGAAUGUCGUUGUAUUUUUUAUGUCGUGUUCACCAAAGUACAAGUUUCCAGGAUGUUACGAGGUUUAUUCUCAGUGAUGCAACUCUCAAAAUAAACUGCUUGUUCGUCGUGCCACGGUCUGUUUUUAUCAGUAUAAACACGCGCUAUGAAUGCAUGUGUAAUAUAUUGUAAACGCGUUUUAAAGCAUGAUGCGGUAAUUUAUUAAAUCGGGAGCAUUAAUUUGAAACUUUUUGCUCUAAUAUCAUAAUAUGUAAUAUUUAGUUGCAAGCUGCGCUAUCAAAUUUAAUUUUCUUAUCAACGAGAGCAUUGAAAUUUGAUUGAAACUCUGUUUCUGUAAUGAAAGUAACUCUAAGUUUGAUUGAGUGAGACAAGACAGAGUCUUUCAUGAACUUGAGUUUUUUAUUGGGAAACUGAAAUUUGAAUUUUCACAGAAAUAAACAAGUGAAAUAUUUGCUCAAAUGAAAAUAGAGUGCACAACAUGCAGUUACAUGAAUGAAGCAAGUAAAAUAAAGUUUGGUGUUUGAA